CUUUCCUUUUGGCCGGGUAAUCAGUGUGAACAGAGAGCGUUCCCCGAAUGAGUCCGGUAGCCUCAUGAAAGCCUUCUGACAUGACCGGCAGACAGCAUCCCUACCAAAGCUGCUCGGGGGUUUAAACCUUACUUCUAAAGAGCCAUGUCCUGCAAAAAAAGUCCCCACGUGGGUGUUUCCAGCACCACUGUCAGCUCUGUAGCGGUGCAAGCUGGGGACUCCAAGAUCGUGGUAGCCGUUGUCAAGUGUGGCAAAUGGGUACAACUCCAACUGGCUGAAUCAAAGCCCAAUCUCCUAGAAAUUGGGAGCAGUCAAGAUGAAACCAAAAAACUGCUUCAUGAUCAUGAGCUUCUUCUGGCCAAGCUUAAGGCCUUGGAAGACCGUGUGUGGGAACUCUUACAGGAAGCUGACAGAACGGCUGAAGCAAACAAGGCUCAAAGUCAGGUGUACGAUGCCAUGGCCCAGACUCUGGGUGAAGCAUGGGCAACCCUGGUCUCCAUGCUUGAAAGAAGAAGGGAGCUCCUUGGGCUGACGUCUGAGUUUUUUCAAAGUGCUUUGGAGUUUGCUAUAAAAAUAGACCAAGCUGAAGAUUUCCUGCAGAAUCCUCAUGAGUUUGAGAGUGCCGAAGCCUUACAGUCACUUCUUCUGCUUCAUGACCGACAUGCCAAAGAACUCUUAGAAAGAUCUCUAGUCCUUUUAAACAAAAGUCAACAACUGACUGACUUCAUAGAAAAAUUCAAGUGUGAAGGAGCUGCUAUGAAUUCUGAGCUGAUCCAGGGAGCUCAGAGUAGCUGUCUGAAGAUCGACAGCCUCCUUGAACUUCUGCAAGACAGGAGAAGGCAGCUGGACAAGGACUUGCAGCAACAGCGGCAGGAAUUGGCUCAGGUUCUGCAGUUGUGUCUGUGGGACCAACAAGAAAACCAGGUUUCUAGUUGGUUUCAGAGAACAAUAAGAGAUCUGCAGGAACAGAGUCUGGGUUCAUCACUUUCAGACAACAAAGAGCUAAUCUGCGAGCAUGAGGGCCUGAUAGUCAAAGCAAAGGAAUGGGAUUUGGCCAUAGAGAAGCUGAGGAGCCAGGCUCUCGGGAUUCUGCUGUCAAAGGACUUGGCAGAAAAGGAACAUCUACAGCUCUCUAACCAGAAACUGAAUCGGCUUCAAGAAGAGUUUAGACGACUCAUGGUGGAAAGAAAAGCCUGGCUAACAAUGGCAAAUGAUUUUUUUACCAGUGCUAACAAGGCAUUUGAUGUACUUGGAAAAGUUGAAGCUUACCUUAAGCUCCUUAAAUCAGAGGGUUUAAGCCUGCCUGCCUUGGCAGCGAAGCAUGAGGAAUUACACAGAGAAAUUAAAGACUCCACAGCCACCGCUCUGCAAAAGGGACGAACCUUAAUCAGCCAAGUAGACUCCUGCUGCUCUCAGGUGACAGGAAUCCAGAAGAUGAUGGGAUGCAUUCAGAAGCAAGUGGAUUAUCUCACUGAACAGUGUACAGCGCACGAGGAAUUUGCCCUUAAGAAACAGCAAUUAGCAACGUCAGUGGAUGACUACCUAAGGAAGGUGGAAAUGUCAAUUCAGGAAAUCAGGCCGGUUCUUGCUACCACAUUGGAUGUCGGUUCCAGCCCUUCUGAAUCAGAGAAGAUUUUAAAUAAAUAUCUGGAAUUGGAUAUCCAAGCCAAGGAGACAGCACAUGCAUUAGAAGCAGCUGCAAAAGUCAUGACAGAGAAAAAUGAACUUGAACUCAAUGAAGUGGCAUUGCUUCCUCUUAGAGUGAAAUGGCUAGAAGAAGAAUUAAACACGCUUGGUCGAAGCAUCAGCUACAGGUCACAAGUCCUGCAGACUUACAUGGCAUUUCGAAAGUCAUCCGAGGAGGUCGAGGAGCAGCUUCAGAGCCUAAAGGAAUUUUAUCUGACUGAAAUUCCUUGGAAAGAUGAAGAUGAUGCUGUGGUCAAGUGCCGGUCUAACUCUGCUGAGAGGAAAUGGCAGCUAUUUUUAAGGAAGAGUUUUUUGACCCAGGACUUGAGCCUCGAGUUCCUGAACUUAAUAAACAUGGCAAAAGAGAAUGAGAUAUUAAAUGUUAAAAAUGAAAUGCACAUUAUGAAGAACAUUAUGGAAAAGCAAACAAAUGGAAGGGAAAUGCUCAGCCAUCUCCGAAUGGCGUGGUACCUCAAAGCCAUCGAAGGCAAGCCUGUGAGAGAGCAGUGGGAAACGUUCAAAGAGAAACUUAAAAAGACAACUCACAAUGUGAAGCUUCUCCAUGAAGUUCUGAUGCCUGUCUCUGCACUUGACCUUGGAGGGAGCCUUCAGAGCAUGUUAGAUCUGCGAAGGAGAUGGAUUGCAAUGAAGCCUCAGCUCCAGCAACUACAUGAGGAUGUUCAGCAAAUCAUGAAAGAGUGGGAAGUGUUAAGUGGUCAGGGAGCCCCUUUGAAGGAGAAGGCUGAACAGCUGAAGGACCUCAUCCAUCUCCACCAGAGACAGCAAGAGCGAAUCCAGGAAUAUGAGGAAAUCCUGUACAAGACAGUCCAGUUCCACCAGGUCAAGGAAGAGCUGACUCAUCUCAUCAAACCAAGAGAACUGGAGCUUCUAGUACAGCCCACGGAACUGGGAAGUUCUGAGGAGGUCCAGAUGCAACUGGGCCGUUCUCAAGAAAGGCGGGCACAUGUAGACCGUCUCCAUCAGCUGGCCCUGUCCUUAGGAGUGGACAUCAUUUCAUCUGUGCAACAGCCUAAUUGCUCUAAUAUUUCUGCAAAGAACCUGCAGCAGCAGCUGGAGGCCCUUGAGCUGGAUAGCAAGAAUUGGAGUGCCUACGCCAAAGAAUCUGAGCAGGUCCUGUCCUGUAGCUUGGAAUACUGCACCACCCGAGAUGAGAUCAAUGAGCUCAAAGAGUCAUUCAAAGAUAUAAAAAAGAAAUUCAACAAUCUGAAGUUUAAUUACUCCAAGAAAAAUGAGAAAUCUCGAAACUUAAAGACUCUUCAAUAUCAAAUCCAACAAGUGGGUACAUAUGCUGAAAAAAUUCAGGCUCUAAGGAAGAAAAUGGGAAAAGUUAAUAAUAAGACAUCUGAUUCAUUCUUAAGUUAUCCCAGUAAUAAAGCUAACAUCCUUUCGGAAGCCAUGGAGGAUUUGAAAAAGCACAUGGAUGACUUUGACAAAGUUGUGACAGAUUACAAGAUGAAUUUGGACCUGACUGAGCAUCUCCAGGAAGUGAUAGAAGAGUGUAACUUUUGGUAUGAAGAUGCAAGUGCCACCAUUGUGAGAGUUGGAAAGUAUUCCAUGGAGUGCCAAACAAGGGAAUCUGUGGACAUCCUCCACAAGCAGUUCAAUAAGUUUAUUACUCCCUCAGUGCCUCAGCAAGAAGAAAGGAUUCAGGAGGUCAUCGACCUUGCUCAGCGCUUAUACGGUUUGGAAGAGGGGCAGAAAUAUGCAGAGAAGAUUGUCACAAGACACAAGGAGAUUCUUGAAUCUAUUACUGAAUUAUGUGGGUCUCUCGUGGAACUUAAAGAAAAACUGGUGAGACCUCAUCAAUUCUUCCUCACUGAUGCUCUUCAGCCUCCUAGUGUCCUACACAGUGAUUUCCAUCUCCAGAGAACAUGCUUGCAGGAGCAUCCUAUGCAGGGAGAUGUUCCAAAGAUGAGUUCAAAUUUGGAAGAUUUCCAUGACAGUUGCAUUGAUCUGCUAAAGGAGCCAGGGAGGGAUGAGCAGACAACAUUCAAUGAAGAAAGGAAUGAGGGGCAGGUGCAGGGAGCAGAUGUGUUGGCCAUCAACGGAACAAGAGAAGAUGGGCUUUCCAUGGACUUGAGGCAGACCUCAUCUGACAAAGAGAACAGUGCCCAGGGUCUGAUCCUUCCAGAAGACACACUCUCUGGAGAAGAAUCUGAGUGUAUCUCAUCUGAUGACAUCUCUUUGCCUCCACUGCCAGUGAGCCCCGAGUCCCCUCUGGCACCAUCAGACAUGGAGGUAGAAGAACUUGCCAGCUCUUCAGCCCUCGCCCUGCAUAUCAGCGGCUACGGGAUGCAUACGGGGACAGGUGGUCUAGGGAAGGCCCAGGAAUCUGUUCUUGCCCCACCCAUUGCUUUUACGGAUGGGUGCUGUAAUAAGAAAGACACAUUUACAAGUCAUUUUGAGAGGCCCUACCCACAGUUGAAAGCUGAAUCCUCAUUAGCCUCCAGAGGAUCAGUAGAGAUGAGUACCAAGUUGCACGUCAAUGUGAAAUGUCCAGCGCGCAUGCCCCAUGAAAUGCACGACAAAGCUUUACAGCAAAGCUCUCAGGCUCGGGAGAGCUCGCUAGAAAUGCAGGAGAAAGUGCAUGCUGAUUCUAAUGUCACUAAAACCCAAGACAGGCUGCAUGCUGCCCUUGAUGUUUCCCCUGGCCUCAGCUCUCAAUCAGACACCAGCAGGAGCCAUCAGAGGCAAGUGGGUCCCCAAGGAGACAGGAAAAACUCAUCUGCAGAAAACAGCGUGGUCAGCCUAGCUGGCCAGGCGCCUCAUUUCUCCAGGCUGCUGUCCAAUGUAACUGUCAUGGAAGGUUCCCCGGUGACUUUGGAAGUCGAAGUAACAGGAUUCCCAGAGCCUACACUGACAUGGUUCAAGAAGGGCCAGAAACUGUGUGCAGAUGGACACUUACAGGUCUUGCACAAGGACACAAAGUAUUCGGUGUUCAUUCCGAAGGUAUGUGAGGCAGACGCUGGCCUCUAUGUGGCUCAAGCCCAAAACUCUAGUGGCACCCUGUCUUCCAAAGCCAUCCUCCUUGUGACAGGUAACCAUGGGCCACCAAUUACGAGAAUAAACUGGAUUAUGCUGUGUAUCAUCUAUGUCAGUGUGUCAGUUAUAUACUGGCUGCUUACCCAGUAGUGACAUGUUGCCAUCAAUGGACAUUGUUAUGAGCCUAAAAGACAAUAUGGUUAUUUUCUCACUCAUCACACAAAGCACUCCCCCCCACACACACACCAAUUUAUCUCCAUUAACCCCAAUGCUAGGUGGAAUAAUUGUAUUUUCUCUACGAUUUAACAUACUUGGGGAACACGGGAAUUUAUGUACAGUGAAUAAUGACACAUUUUGUACUCUAGGAAGAGAAAUAUUCUAUAUAAUAAACUGAUCUCUUGUUUAGAGGCAUGUGAAUGCUCACAUAGAUCACAAGGAUCAUAGGGUUGUGAUCUAAUUUUCAAAUCCAAAUGUUUGAUAAUUUCUCUCUCUCUCUCUCUUUUUGAUGGUUCAUAACCAUGUCUUUGUAGGUAGGGCAUUACAUCAAACUAAGGGUGUGAUUCUCAAUAUUGUAUUAGCUCUCCUUUAACUGUGCUUUUCACAUUUUGAUCUUGUUUACUGAACAAACUUGACCUAUGCCAUGUCAACAUACUCUACAUUCCUGAGUCUGAGGAUGUCACUAUCAAGAACCAUUCCUCACCAUGGUCUCUUGGGCUCAAAGUUGGAGAACAGACGUGCCGUCAGCUUCAAAAUAGAGUCAACUUUUCUAUUAGCUCUGUAUGUCAUAUGUCAAGAUGGAAUACAGGCUGCAGGAGGGGACUAGUUUUCCCCGCCCUUCCUCUGCUGUGCAUUGGCCAUCCUGUGCAUAACUGUAGGCAGGUCCUACUGCAUCUGACGUUGCUGCUGCUGUUGCUGCUGCUGCUGCUGAACAUUUGUGUAGCCAUUAGCAAGGCAUCUCAGUGCCUCCCUUUCCCACCUGGAAGAAGGGUUCAUCUACCUCUUGACAACUGAGUUUCUAUUUUAUGUCCUGUGGUGAUCUGGCCAAUGGAAAAGUACUAAGUGAAGACUCAUUACAAUGCUUGGUGUGAUUUGCCAUCUUGCUACUUCCUCAUUACCCAUUAAUUCCCCUUCAGAUGCUGAUCUUUUAGAAUAUUAAAUGAAAAGAGUGCUGUUAAUAUGUAAUUCCCAACUACUCCCUUGGGGGAGGUAAGACUGAUGUUCUAUGAAUUAGAGUUUAAAUUCCUUUCUAACUUCUUACAACUACAUCCUUUUCAAAGGAUUUGGACAGUAACCUCCGGAGGAUAUAGUUUGGGUGUUUUAGGGGGAGACUGGGUAACAUAGAAGAAGACAAAUCUAGCUUUCUUUUGUGCAAUUAUCACUGUAAUGUUGAAGAAUGUUAUAUGGCUUCCUAAUAUGCAUUAUUCAAAAAAAUAAGAGGCAUUUGUUUUCACAUUUUAAACUUUGUCAUGCUAGGGUAAAAUCUUAAGUUGAAAGGAUAAUUUAUUACAGUUUUGAUGAAGGGAAGAAAUUAAUUAUGUUUCUGGAAGACUGUCUACAAAUAAUCAAAACAUUUGAAUAGAAUAUGUUUGAUGUGAUAUUAAAAAGCUACUGAAUAUUGUGGAAGAUAAGAAAUGUCUAGUCUAGUAAAAAGUUGGCCGAUUUUUUUCUUGCCUUGUGUAUACAAUUUAAAUAAAAAAUUGUACGUGUUUUCUUUCAAGUUUUGACAGAAAACUAUUAAAAUCUUAUAUAUACACA